AAUAAGUAAGACUAGUUUAGUUCGUCGAAAUCACUAGUAACGAAGAAUGCAGUAGUAGAAACAUGAAGAAUGGAAUCGAGGACAUUUUCUAAAGUGCACACAAGACGUGGUUCGGAGUGGAGGGUCCGGAAGGGGUCCAUACCAGAUGCAGAUGAAGAAGUGGAAGUCACCGACUUCAAGGUGAUAUUUCAGGUUAAGGAUGACUCCCAUAUAGAGACCUAUGUGUCCCAGGAGCUUGUUGGAGCCGUUCUUGACCACUUUCUCUUCAAAAUAUUCAUAAUGGCCUCCAUCGUGGGCAAUUCCAUCAUCAUUGCUUUCCAAACCAGCCCUUUCAUAGCUGAGAGAUAUGCCACAGUUUUCAAUGUUUUUGAACAAAUAUUCCUGACCAUAUUUAUCUGGGAGAUUCUUGUCAAGUGGUACUACGGCUUCUACAUCUUUUGGAAGGAUGGCUGGAACAUCCUGGAUUUCAUGAUCAUUGCAUCUCUGAUUGUGGGUCCAGCUGUGAUGUCUCCGGGAAGCACCAACGUUCUCAGGAUUCUCAGAGUUCUGAGGGUGAUCCGCAGCAUCCGGGGCUUCGCUGCCCUGCGGGGCGUGGCCAUGAUGGUCCAGGUGAUCCUCCAGUCUAUCCCGGACAUGGCCAACAUCUUCCUGCUGCUGGUCAUCAUCAUGCUGGUGUUUGCGGUGUUCGGAGUCACGCUGUUCGGCGUGGCGGUGCCCUCGGCCUUCGGGGAUCUGGCCACGGCCAUGUACUCUCUCUUCAUCUGCAUCACGCAGGAUGGCUGGAUGAGCAUCUACCAGCAGUUUCAGACGGAGGAGGAGGGCUUGAUGUAUGGAGCUGCAGUCUAUUUCUUUGUCUUCCUGACGGGCGGCGCCUUCAUCUUCGCCAACCUGUUGGUUGCCGUGGUGACGACCAAUCUGGAACUCGCCAUGGCUGAGUAUGACGAGCACAGCUCCAGCCAGGGGGAUGACAAAGUCGCAUUGACCCAGAAACAGCUGGAGGAGGACUCUGUCACGGAUAUUGACACAGUUCACCUGGAAGAGGUGCUCCGGGAGACCAAGAUGACCCAGCGGCAAAAACCAUACAAGUACAGCUGCUUGGAGAACCUGACCAUUGAGUCCUAUGAAGAAUUCUGCAUGGUGCUGGAGGCCAUCCAGAAGAACAUCAAGGAUUACCAGAAGAUCCGCCAGGAGCUGAACAGUAUUGUGGGAGAAGUACAAGGGAUAUCCUUCAACCAGGAGCAGGAGCAGGAGGUGAUCAUGAGGAACAAACAGGCCUCACUGUUGCAGGACAACCUCCUGAUGAAUGAAAUUGCCACUGGCAGGACAGGGGACAUGCUGUCCACACUCAUGAUCCUGGAGAAGGCAAACAUAAUUGAUUCAGCAUCGCCCUCACCUGCUCUGUACCAGAAGGGGACUGUGCUUCAGGCGGCGAUGAAAGCAAAAAGGAAGUCUAUAUGUUAGGUCCCCAACAUCCUCUUCACCCACACUUCCACUGGGGAAAACCCUUUGAAACGCACUGAAGAAUAUUAUGUACCUAAACCCAUCCAUAUCAUUCCUUCCUUCCUUCCUUUGCUCAUGAUCAGUGAUCCAGCUCCCCAGGCAAGCUGUUCGAUCCUGGGUUACUUUUUCCUGAGUUUCCCUUGACCUUGCUGCUUCCACAGUACUGGAGUCAGGUGUGAUGUGGAAGGAUAUGCUGAUUAAAUAAGGUGGAGGAGAAAUAACCAGAAAUAAGAA